GAAAGUUUAGAGAUUAUUCACGUAAACUACGAGAUUUGAAAGCCGGCGAAAAUGCUGUUUUAUUCCUUCUUUAAAUCGCUGGUUGGAAAAGAUGUCGUGGUUGAACUCAAAAAUGAUCUCAGCAUAUGUGGUACCUUACACUCAGUGGAUCAGUUUUUGAACAUCAAAUUGACAGACAUCAGUGUUACAGACCCUGACAAAUACCCUCACAUGUUAUCAGUGAAAAAUUGUUUCAUCCGAGGUUCAGUGGUACGUUAUGUUCAACUUCCGGCCGACGAGUGCGAUACACAGCUAUUGCAGGAUGCAGCACGGAAAGAGGCAGCACAGAAUAAACAGAGAUGAUACGAUGUGUUGUUUAUAUCUGACAUUGUAAAUAUCACAAGUUCUCAUUCGUGUACAGUGAUAACAUACAUUAACCUCUGUGUAAAUAUAUACAUUAAAACUGAUAGAUCAAAAUACCGCACAAAAUAUUGGAUGCAAAGGCUAUGACAUAAACAAGGGAUGUUCAAAAGGGUCUGCAGAACUUAUAAAUUUUUAUGUGUCAACAUGUAUUUCUUCUUGUUUUGGAGAGCUAAGAGAAGCUGCUGUCAAUCAGUAUCUUAAAAUGAUUGAGAGGGCAAUUAUUCAGUGCUUUUACUUUGCAGGGUUUCUUCGGUCAACAUGUGAUGGUGUGACAUUAAACCCAAUAAAAAGAAACAUUGUUUGUAAUAACUCUUCUUUUAAAAGAUGUCUAUUUUGGUAAUUAAAUUAGCAGAUGAUGACUGACAAUGGCGUGACCAAAGACCAGUCCCAUCAGUAUUUUAACCCUUAGCCAGCUAUAUUUAUGUAGUGAACUUGUCCAUCUUUCUGUUUGGGCAGUACCAUUAAUGUUAAGAAUGGUGCUUACCAAAAUUAUACUGACUAAAUGGCAAACAGUGCAGAUCUUGAUUAGUCUGCAUGGAUGUUGAUCAACAUUAACACUGGUCACAGAGGCAGAAUUGCGUGUCAAGCAUUAUAAGGGUUAAGUUUGAAGUUUUGGUUUUGACUAAGUUUCCAAACUUUAUAGUUACAGGUAUUAUAUUAAACUUCUUAUAAAAUGCAUUUAUUCUCUGAAAAUGAACAUUAUUAACCUUUUGUACUGAAAGGAAGUCAUUCUGCAAGCAACUUUUGUGACAAAAAUAAUGGCCUUUUAAUAAAAUUGAUCAUUUCAAAGUUGUAGGUUUAAAUUGCAGACUUAAAAGCUGAUUGAUGACAGUUUGUUUUUUUUUAUGCCCCAAGCAUCUAGUGAUGCGGGAGGCAUAUAGUGAUUGUCCUGUCCGUCUGUUCAUUCGUCCGUCCAUACGAGGUUAACCAAAUGGGACCGUUUCGUCUAGCGUCAAUACCCCUUACUAGAAUGACUUGAUACUAAUGCAGAUGUAACCUGUGACCAUUCCUCAACUUCAGACAUCACCUUACUUCAGUUUGGGUUUGGUCUUGACCUCAUUUUGGACUUAGGUUGCUAUAAAAUAUGGACCAUCUCUUGGUUAACCAAAUGGGACUGUUUCGUCUAGCAUCAGUACCCCUUACAAGAAUGGGUUGAUACUAAUACAGAUGUAAACUGUGACCAUUCCUCAUCUUCAAACAUCACCUGACCUCAGUUUGACCUUGACCUCGUUUUGGACUUGGGUGCAAAAUCUAUCAAGGCUGCAACUGGCGGCAUCAAGCGUUUAUUGAACGCAGCUUCUUGUUAAAUCUAUAAAUGAAUAACAUUCAGUUGUUAAGAUUUUUAAAUACAGUUGAACUUGCUUAUCUAAAAAUUCUGGCUAUCUCCGAGAUAUUUUCAUGUCCCGUCCUAAAAAUAUGUGCACAAAAUGUCACUUUUAGUCGAAUUUCAGUUAUCUCGAAGUAAAACGCUCGAUCUCGUUGAAUUUGAGAUACCAUGUUUCAACUGUACAGAGUGAUUACAUAAUAACUUGGGGAGUUCUAUGUCAUGCAGUCUGUAAAGAAGUUAGGAAACACAACUACUGAUUUACUGUUUAAGUCUCGCAGUUAAAUUUUGAUGUUUUAUCUGCAUUUUGUAAAUACUGCAAAAUAAAUAAGUUGCUUCACAGUGUU